AUGGAGCGGCGCUCGAGGCCGAACCAGGAUGCGCUGCCAGGGAUGCCGACCUAUCACGGGCUCUCCAUUGCGCACACACAGCAGCAGCAGCAGCAGCAGCACCCUCCCCUCUACGCUGCGCAGUAUUCGGUGGACAUGGGCCAGUCGCCGGUCGGCGCCAUGCAGCGAAUUCACUCCUCGCCUCAGCAGCAGCAGCAGCAGCAACAGCAGCAGCAGCCUCACAUGAUUCAGUCCGGGCAGUUGCUCAGUCAACAGCAGAUGAUGAUGCCAACAAACCAGCCACCGCAAAUCCAUAUGCCACCAUGUGUGGCGGCAGCGCAAAGUACGAUGCUGCAAACGCAUGCAAGUCAGAUGAUGGCAGCUAGGCAGAUGUCACCGCAACAGCAAAUGGCACCACCUCAGAUUGUGGUCACUUCAAUGGGUCAACCGCAGCAACAACAAAUGCUCUCGACUAUGGCUGCGCCGAUGCAAUCAGUCCCGAUGACCGCCCCGACACCGCAUCUGGCACCACAACACCAGCCACCGUUACCUCAACAGCAGCAGCAACAGCAACAGCAGCAGAUGAUGCAGUCAGCCCAGAUGAUGCAGCAGCAAGGCCAAGCACCGUUGAAUGCGCAGCAAACAAUCGCACAUGGCCGAUGCUUUGCGCAUCCAAACCGCCCACCAAUGCAACGUUCAGCAAGUACACCUCGCGUUGUUGGACAGUCAUCGGCAAUACGACAGGCCCUAGGUCACCUCCCGCCAGUUCAACCUGCAGCAACUCUACAUUCCGAUCAGCAGCCUCGCAGUAGCACGAAAUUACUUGAUAAGGAAGCUAUAGAUGCUCUUGUGAAAGCUGUGGAUCCAAUGGAAGCAGUGGAAGAUGAUGUGUCGGAUGUGCUUGUGCAGUUAAUUGAGGAAUUCGUUGAUGACCUCAUUCAGUAUUCGGCACGCCUCACAAAGAAUUCGCCAAAAAUUGAGGCAAAAGAUGUGCAGUUCACGCUGCAGAGGAAAUACAAGAUGAAUUCGCCAAAAAUCGAGGCAAAAGAUGUGCAGUUCACACUGCAGAGGAAAUACAAGAUGUUUUUGUCGCCAAAUCCUGGUUCCCAGGUGGGCGAUCCGAAUGCGCAUGCGAAAUCUCCGGCAACCGAGGCACAUCGUCAGCGCAUGGCUCUCAUAAAAAAAGUUAUACAAAAACCAUGA